GUAGAAAUGCACACCCCACUACUACAAUGCCCACAACGUACACUGUUCACUAUCUCUACUACUAUUCUCUGUCUGCUACAAACGACGGCACACUCCGCGCUGGCAAGAUUCCCUCUCUGUCCUUCACUUUCAACUCUCUCUCUCUCUCUCUCUCUCUCUCUCUGUCUCCCCUAACUGAAAUUUUCCCGAGAAACAGACGGACUAUUCAAACUCUUAUCUCUAUCCCUAUCUCAAUCGCAGUCGCACCUUCUGCAUCAUCUUGUCUCUUUUCUUCUUCUUUUUCUUCUUCUUCUUCUUCUUCUUAUCCGUCAUCUCCUUACAACAUCCCAAUUCUCUCACCCGCGGCAGUAAUUUAUAAUAAUAAUAUAAUCAAAUCCCAACUUCCCUACUAAUUUAAUUUAAUUUAUUUUAUUUUUUUUUUACUUGUUUUAAAACCAAUCAUCAUACAUGGGUUGUGCCACUUCCAAGCUCGACGAUCUUCCGGCGGUGGCCCUCUGCCGGGACCGCUGUGCUUUUCUUGAUGAAGCUGUUAACCAGCGCUUUGCUUUUGCUGAAGCCCACAAUGCAUAUAUUUACUCUUUGAGAAUGAUUGGUGGUUCUUUGCAUCAUUUUAUAGAACAGGAUUAUUCUGCUUCCGGGUUUGUUCCUAAGCUCAAUUUGCCUCCUCAAAGAAAAGGCGAUCCGCUCACUCUCAGCGAUGAAGGUACCAGUUCACCCAAGAAGCGUAACAUAGCUCACGACUCUCACUCCAACUCUGGUUCCCACCUGCACUUCCACUCUGAUUCUGAUGACGACGACGAUGAUAUCUCGCAUCUCCAUCAUUCUGAUCAUUCCUCGCCUUUGCACGGCAGUGGUAGCGGAGGUGGAGUUCAUAUCGAGUAUAUGCCUUCAGAGUACAUGGGUACCGGGCACGAUUCAUAUGCCGGUGGUGGGUUUCUGCACAUGAAUUAUAUGAAGAAUAAAGCCACCACCCCGUCUGUGGUGUAUGAGCAGAGGCCUGUGACUUCAGAGACUGUUCAUUUUGGUGAAUCUUCAGCUUCGUCUUAUUUUUAUCCGAAUAGUUCCUAUCAAAUGAAUUAUUUAUACCCAAAUUAUGGUCCUGCUGGCGGUGCAAUGACUGGGUACUACGGGUCUUUCCCGCCGUACGGGUCUUCAUCUACACCUCCGCCGCCGACGGCUUCCUCAUCAAAACCUCCGCCACCUCCUCCUUCACCUCCUUCAACUUCAGCUUUGGAUUUCUUGAAUCUGUUUGACAGCUAUGAUAAUUACUAUCCUCCUUACACGCCGAGUAGAGACUCAAAGGAGUUGAGGGAAGAGGAGGGAAUUCCUGAUUUGGAAGAUGAGAAUCACCAACAAGAGGUCUUGAAGGAGGUCUACGGACACAAGAAGUAUGUCGAUGGUGGUGGUGGAGGAGGAGGAGGAGGUGGUGGUGCUAAGCCUAACAAUUAUUCGAAAUCAGUGAUGAUGGACGAUGGGGAUGCUAAUGUUGGUGGAAAUACUGAGGCCUCCCUUUAUCAAACGAGACCGAGUGCGUCCAUGGAUAAUGAUGGACUGGAGUAUGAGGUGCAUGUGGUGGAGAAGAAAGUUGAUGAUGAGAGAUCAGAGGAGCAUAGAAAUGCCGGAUUUAAGAGAGGUGGUGGUUUGUUGGACGUGUCUCAAGUGGCUUUCGAAAUCAAGAUUCAAUUUGAGAGAGCUUCUGAUUCUGGGAAAGAAAUUGCCCAGAUGCUUGAAGUGGGGAGGCUUCCUUAUCAGCGUAAACAUGCAGUUUCUAAGAUGUUGAAUGUAGUCAUUCCUUCAUUAACUGUAGUAUCCUCACAGCCAUCUACUUCCAAAAGUGCUGAGGCCUCAUCCUCCAGUGGCAAGGAUGAUCCAGCUUACUUGGAAAUCGAUGAAGAUUUGGCGAUAAGGUCGAAAAACCUUUCUGCUACCUUGCAGAAGCUGCAUCUUUGGGAGAAGAAACUCUAUAAUGAAGUUAAGGCUGAGGAGAAAAUGCGGGUAGUUCAUGACAGGAAUUGCCGUAAGCUGAAGCGUUUGGAUGAGAGGGGUGCUGAAGCUCAUAAAGUUGAUGCAACUCGGACAUUAAUUAGGACUCUUUCCUCAAAAAUAAGAAUUGCAAUUCAGGUUGUUGACAAAAUAUCUGUUACAAUAAACAGGAUUAGGGAUGAAGAGCUAUGGCCACAGCUAAAUGAAUUAAUUCAGGGAUUAACCAGGAUGUGGAAAAGUAUGCUUGAAUGCCAUCAGAGUCAAUGUCAAGCAAUCAGAGAAGUUAAAGGAUUGGGUUCUUUUGGAUCAGGUAAAAAGCUUGGUGAUGAUCAUCUUAAAGCCACAUUGCAGCUUGAGCAUGACCUUCUUAAUUGGACUUCCAGCUUCUCAAGUUGGAUAGGUGCCCAGAAAGGUUAUGUCAGAGCCUUGAAUAGCUGGCUUGGUAAAUGUCUCUCGUAUGAACCAGAAGAAACACCAGAUGGAAUAGCUCCCUUCUCACCUGGUAGGAUGGGUGCGCCUCCAGUGUUUGUAAUCUGUAAUCAGUGGGCACAAUCUAUGGAUACAAUAUCUGAGAGGGAAGUAAUAGAUGCAAUGCGCACUUUUGCCUCUAGUGUGCUUAAGCUUUGGGAACAGGAUAAACUGGAAAUGCACCAGAGAAUGAUGAUGAAUAAGGAUUUGGAGAGAAAAGUUAGAAAUUUAGAUAGAGAAGAUCAAAGGAUACAUAAGGAGAUUCAGGCAUUAGACAAGAAAAUUGUUCUUGUUGCUAGGGAUGGUUAUAGUCUAUCUGUGACUGGAAAUGUAGUAUAUCAGAGUGAUACUAGCAACAGCAGUUUACAGGGUAAUCUGCAACGUAUUUUUGAGGCCAUGGAGAAGUUCAUGGCUGAGUUAACAAAAGCUUAUGAGGAGCUGAUUCAGCGUAGUGAAGAAGAGAGGCUUGCUUGAGAGCACAAGAGAGUUUGUUUCAUAGGGCAGUAUGGUGCAAUUGAAAUACAUCAUAUUUUUUGCACUUAUGACUUCACUUGUGAGAAAUUGAAGUGCAAGAUCUGACAGAACUAAUGAUACGGAAUUAAAAUGUUCCAUUCUGUGGUAAGUGGAGCACUCCUUGUUUGAAGUCUUCAAUUGAGGGUAGACUUCAUCAUGUGGUGGAUGAUGGUGGAUCUUGGCUCAGUGGCAACCCGUAGCCCGUAUUACUGGCUUAGAUGUUGACAGAUCGAAUUGUGAGGGGGAUGAGAUGAUUUCAUUUCUCUUCCACCAGCAUUGGCUUUAAUCAUAUUGAUCCAACAAUUAUGAUUGAAUGACAAUAGGGAAUUGAUAAAAAGGGGCAAUGGACAUAAGGUUAUGCCAAACUCAAAACCAUAUUUGGCCAUUGCGUAUGUUUUGCAAAAUGGAUGCCGGCUAGCUAAUAGGAUGUCAAUUGAUGUUGAUGACAUGUGGUGCAUGUUAAUGCAAUAUGGGCCAUUGAUUUGCAAUCAAGCCCCAUGCUUUGUGGAAGUAAGCAAGGCGGGAAUAAACUUGACAAAUUGAAGAAGCAGAUUUCCCCACAAUUUUGAUGAGUAUGUAUUCAGUUGUAGGUGCAAGGGCUGUCUAGAAUGACGCAAGUCAGAGAAAUGCUCAGAUAUCAAAGUAACAUGGUUAAUGUUUUUUGCUUCCUUUUUUUUUAAAUAUUUGUUCAUAUUAAUCAUUGUACAGGCCUUUUCAAUGAAAAGACUUCCAAUAAAUGAGUAUUAAUGAAAAUGUGCCAAAGGUUUUAGUGAUGAA